GUCUAUUACCCCCAAACUUAAACCCCCCAACAACUUCAGCUCCGCCACCUCUAACAGUAUCUCUCACUUCUCUUAGGGAAAUAAGUUGAUAGAACCACUUAUUAAAGGUGAAACUUUAACUAUCAUCUCAUGAUUUUGAAGAAGCUGUAAAGACAAAGAUUAUGGAGAGAAUUAUGAAACUAGGUCUUCUGAUCCUGUUGGGUUUACAGCCUGUGGUUGGAGCUGGACAUUGGUGUGAACAGACGGUGGAGGAGAAAGUAGAGUGGGUUUUGUCGCCACGUCUGCAGCUUGAAGUCAGCUGUUCUGAAGUGUAUCAGUACAACACCCAGGGAUGGAGACUGGAUGUGGACAGGCUGCGAACCAAGCAUGGUGGAGAUGAUGGCAUCGCACAAUAUUACAAACAACACGGACGAAAGGCAUCCUGUUUCUUAUACAAACCCCCAGAGAUGGAGAGCCGAGCAGUUAAUAAGACCGUAAGGACCUGCUGUGAGGGGUGGGGAGGACUUCAUUGCUCUCAGGGUGUUGGGGUACGUGGGCAGUGCUAUUCCACCUGGAACUGUGAAGAAUUUCCUGGCAUUCAUAACGCCUCACUCAUGCCGAUGGAGCAAUGCUGCAGCACCCUUUGGGGACUAAGCUGGAGGAACGCUUCGGACCAAACGUGUUUGACUUGCACCUAUACUCUGCUGCCAGACUCCCAGUCCUCUCCUCUGGUCCGGAGCGGCCUGUUAGGUACUGCCAGGGUCCCUCAAGGCUCCGCCACAUGCAUGUCCUGGGGUGGAGCCCAUUAUCGCACUUUUGACAGGAAGCACUUUCACUUCCAGGGAAGCUGUACGUACCUUCUUGCUUCCUCUACUGAUGGCACCUGGGCCGUCUACAUCAGUACAGUCUGUGACCAAAGAGGAGACUGUAGUAAGGCCCUGAGGAUGAUGCUGGGUCUGGAUUUGGUUUCUAUUCAUCAAAAAAACAUAACACUGAACAGCAUACCUGUUCCAAAACAGGAGCCGCUUUUUCAAAACGGAGUGAGUGUCCAUUGGCUCGGGGACUUUGUGUUUGUGGAGAGUGGAGUGGGAGUUAGGGUGAAGUUCGACAUGGUCAACACAGUGUAUGUGACGGUAACCUCUGAGCACCUGGGAACCACCAGGGGACUCUGUGGCGUCUUUAACAACAACGCAGAUGAUGAUUUCACCACGAUGGCCGGAAUCGUGUCUCCAUACGCUGCAAGUUUUGGCAACUCGUGGAAAGUUCCGGACCAACAUAAUGAGGACUGCAGCGAUGCCGCCGAGCUCGGCCACAGAUGUGAAGUUUCUGGAGAGCCCACUCUACGCAGAGAGGCAGAAUCAGUGUGUCAUCAGCUGCUGGAGAACCCCUUUGCGCAGUGCCACCGCCAGGUUGACCCAGUCCCAUACAUAGACACCUGUCAUUAUCUGUACUGUAGCCUCUCACCCAAAGAGAGGCAGGAUGCAGUGUGUGACACCCUGGCCAGCUACACCAGGGAGUGUGCUCAGCAACACAUCAUCAUAAUGUGGAGGACAGCAGCAUUAUGUGGUCGCGUCUGCCCCAGAGGACAGGUCUUCUCUGACUGUGUGUCCUCCUGUCCUCCAAGCUGUACUUCCCCUCAGCUUCCAGGACCUGCUGCAGCCAUGGGUCAGUGCAGAGAGGAGUGCGUGGGGGGCUGUGAGUGUCCUCCUGGUCUCUACCUUCACCAGGGCCACUGCUUGAAAAGAGAAGACUGUCCCUGUUUCCAUCGCAGACGUAGCUACCAACCCGGGGACACGAUCCAGAUAAAAUGCAACACCUGUGUGUGCAGGGCAGGUUGGUGGGAAUGUACAGGUGAGAGAUGCGCAGGCCAAUGCACUCUGAUGGGAGCACUGCAGGUGACCACAUUCGACAAAAAACGCUAUGCACUGUCUGGUGGAAACUGUCCUUUCGUUGUUGUAGAGGACUUUGUUGACAGAAAGCUAGAGGUGGUAGUGCGGUGUGGAGAGUGCACAGCAGGGGACAGGGGAGGGGGAGGAGAAAUAAGUUGUCUAAAGGAGAUGUCCGUGACAGCCCUGCACACAACAGUCACCAUCACAGACACUGGCACUGUGACUCUGAAUGGCCAACGGGAGACUCUGCCUGUGGUGACCGGGGAUCUGGUGUUGCGUAAGGCGUCCUCUUCAUUCAUCAUUAUCCAGACAUUUGGAGCUCAACUUCUCUGGUAUUUAGAUGGAUCCUUUGCUCUCAUCAACCUGCAACCUGGCUUUGCAAACAAGGUGCGUGGUUUGUGUGGAACGUUUACUUGGAGCCAAAACGAUGACUUUACCACCCCGGAGGGAGAUGUAGAGAACAACAUCUUAUCCUUUGCUGAGAAGUUCACAAGUGAGCCUUGCACGCUGCCAGGUGGCGCUCCGCCUGAUCCCUGCUCCACGUACACCCAGAGGAGAAUCUAUGCUGAAACAGUGUGUGGUAUCAUACAUAGUCCCGUCUUUCAGGAGUGCCAUGAUGUGGUGGACAGGGAGCCAUAUUUCCGUCUCUGUCUAUCAGAGAUGUGUGGCUGUGUUCCAGAGAGGGCCUGUCACUGCACCGUUCUCACUGCCUUCGCUCGACACUGUGCUCAGGAGGGGGUGACAGUCCGCUGGCGCAACCAAACAUUCUGCCCGGUCCACUGCACAGGGGGUCAGGUGUACCAGGAAUGUGGUCGUGCCUGCGGUGGUUCCUGCUCAGACCUGAGUCAGGGCUGGAACUGCGAUGAUUUCAGUGCCGAAACGGGUCACGGCAUGUGUGUUCCAGGCUGUCAGUGCCCAGCAGGACUGGUGCAGGACCAGCAAGGCCAGUGUGUCCCCAUCUCAUUGUGCCCUUGUAUGGAAGGAGACAAGCUGUACCCAGCAGGCGCUGUGGUUCAGAACAACUGUAACACCUGUGUCUGUGAGCAGGGAGUAUUUAACUGCACUCAGGAACAGUGUGAGGAGGUACAACAGUGCCCCCAUUCCCUGGUCUACUCCCCCCGUUCUUGCCUCCUCACUUGCUCCAGUCUGGACCCUCCUGGCCAUCCGCAUGUGUCCAGUGUCUUACAAUCAAGCUGCAGAGAGCCGUUGUCUGGCUGCGUCUGUCCUCAGGGAACUGUCUUACUGGAUGAUCGCUGUGUACCCCCAGAUGAGUGUCCAUGUCACCAUAAUGGUCAACUUUAUUACACCAAUGACACCAUCACCAAAGACUGCAACACAUGUGUGUGUAAGGAGCGGCGGUGGCACUGCACCCACACCAUCUGUGCAGGAGUUUGUGUUGCAACAGGAGAUCCACACUAUGUGACCUUUGACGGCCGCUGCUACUCGUUUCUGGGGGACUGCCAGUAUGUUCUGGCCCGGGAGAACAGCGGUUUGUUCAGCGUGACGGCGGAGAACGUGCCGUGCGGCAGUACCGGCGUCACCUGCACCAAGUCUGUCACCCUCAGCCUUGGGAACACGGUCAUACACCUGCUGAGAGGUAAAGCAGUUACAGUAAACGGGAUGCCAGUUACUCUACCAAAGUCCUACAGCGGCAACGGCCUGACCUUGGAAAGAGUUGGCAUAUUCGUUGCACUCUCUUCUCGACUAGGAAUCACCUUGCUUUGGGAUGGAGGUAUGCGUGUGUAUUUGCGCUUGGCCCCCCACCUGCAGGGUCAGGUUGGAGGACUUUGUGGUAACUUCGAUGGAGACACAGAGAAUGACUUCACUACACGGCAAGGAAUCGUCGAAUCGACGCCUGAGCUCUUUGGAAAUUCCUGGAAGGUCAGUCCUUCUUGCCCUGAUGUGGAAAACCAGGACCUCAGAGAUCCCUGUGCUCGGAACCCCCACAGACUGACGUGGGCCAGGAAAAGGUGUGCUGUGCUGACUCAGGAGCUGUUUUCAAGAUGCCACCCAGAGGUGUCUUUCCAGCAGUAUUACGACUGGUGUGUCUUUGAUGCCUGUGGCUGUGACUCUGGGGGGGAUUGCGAGUGUCUCUGCACAGCUAUUGCGUCCUACGCUGAGGAGUGCAACCGGAGAGGGAUUUACAUUCGCUGGAGGUCCCAGGAGCUCUGCCCUCUUCAGUGUGAUAAAGGGUUGGUCUACGAUCCUUGCGGGCCGGCUUGCUCUCUGUCAUGCCCAAGCGUUCAGCAGAGUCCAUACUCUAGAUGUGGAGAGCUUUCCUGUGUGGAGGGCUGUUUCUGCCCUGCUGGCACAGUCAGACAUGGUGACGGCUGUAUAGAACCCACCCAGUGCCCCUGUGAAUGGGAAGGCUCCAUGUUUCCACCUGGAAGUACCAUCACCAAACUCUGUCAGAACUGUUCUUGUGAAGAGGGUGUUUGGCACUGUGAGGGAAUGCCAUGCCCUCCUCCGCCGCCUCCUUGCCUGGAGUCAGAGUUUUCCUGUGCCAGCGGGCGCUGCAUUUCCUCCCAGUGGGUGUGUGACAGCGAUGACGACUGUGGAGAUGGUUCAGAUGAGAUCUGCCCGUCUACCUGCUCCCCAAACCAGUUCCGAUGCAUGAGCACCCCAAGCGGACCGUGUUUGAACCUGGCUCUGCGUUGUGAUGGCCACCCAGACUGUGCCGACCAAUCAGAUGAGGAGUUCUGUGGACCCGCCACCACCAUGCCCUUGUGUCCUCCUGGAGAGUUUCAGUGCGCCAAUGGGAAGUGUCUACCAGCCAGUCGACUGUGUGAUGGACGGCUGGACUGUGGCUUUGCUGAUGGAUCUGAUGAGCAAGACUGUGGUGUGGUAUGUGAUGAAGGGGAGUUCCUGUGUCCUGGGGGGCGCUGCAUCCUUUAUAUCCACCGCUGUGAUGGCCACAAUGACUGCGGAGACCUCAGCGAUGAAAGGGGGUGUGUGUGCUCACUAGGAGAGUUCCAGUGUCCAGAUGAUCAGUGUGUCCCUGCAGAUAGACUCUGCGAUGGACACAGAGACUGUCCUGCAGGAACAGAUGAAGCUGUCUGCCCAAGGAAAGUUUGUAGGGCCUAUGAGUUCCCAUGUACCAGUGGGGCACAGUGUGUGCCUCAGGCGUGGCGUUGUGAUGGGGAAACAGACUGCAUGGAUGCCAGUGACGAGCAGCAGUGCGCUGCUCCCUGUGGACCAGGCCAAGUGCCCUGCCUCAGUGGGGAUCAGUGUGUGGAUUACUAUCAACUCUGUGAUGGUACUCCACACUGCAGAGAUGCAUCUGACGAGAGCAUCAACACCUGUGGCUCUUCUCGGAUCCCAUCCUGUCCAGGAAGCUUUCCUUGUGACAACCGCACCUGUGUGAACAUGUCACAAGUCUGCAACGGCAUCCUGGACUGUCCACGCGGAGAUGAUGAGUUGGUGUGUGAUAAAACCAUUUCACCAGCGCCCCCUGGCAGAGGAAACAUCUCUACGCCCUGCCCUGAGUUCACCUGUAAGGAUGGAUCCUGUUUGCCAUUUGACAAGGUGUGUAAUGGCAUUGCAGACUGUCCUGACUCCUCCAUAACAGCAUCUGGAGGACCAACAGAUGAGCACGGCUGUAGGACCUGGAGCGCUUGGGGCCCCUGGAGCCCCUGCAGCACCUCCUGUGGAACAGGAACCAUGAGUCGGCAGAGAUCCUGCCCUCCAGGUGACCCGCUUCACCACUGCCUGGGACAACAUAACCAGAAGCAGCAGUGCUUCAACAUCACCUGCCCUGUGGAUGGGGAGUGGUUGCCAUGGUCAGGCUGGUCCAACUGUUCUGGUGGCUGUGGGGGGGUGCAAGUGCGACAUAGAGACUGCAUUCCUCCUCGCUACGGAGGUCGACACUGUUCCCAGCUCCCUGGACCGUCCAACCUCUCCAUGGAGAUUAAGCCCUGUCCUGAUGAUGGUUGUGCUAACGCCAGCUGUUCCCCCGGCCUCCUGAGACACAGCUGUGUUCCAUGUCCUUUCUCCUGUGCUCACAUCAGCAGCGGGGUCACCUGUGACCCUGGGACACCCUGCGUUUCUGGUUGCUGGUGUCCUGAAGGCCGGGUGAUGAGCCAUACGCAGCAGUGCGUCUCACCUGAAGAGUGUGUGUGUGAGGUGGCCGGUGUUCGAUACGGGCCCGGCCAGCAAAUAAAAAAGGACUGUGACCUUUGCGUUUGUGAGAGGGGAAAGCCUCAGCGGUGUCAACCCAACCCCGACUGCUCAGUGCACUGUGGCUGGUCAUCGUGGUCGGAGUGGGGGGAGUGUUUGGGACCCUGCGGAGUCCAGAGCGUCCAGUGGUCGUUCCGAAGCCCGAAUAAUCCCACUAAGCAUGGAGAUGGAAGGGUGUGCAGAGGGAUUUACAGAAAAGCCCGUCGGUGUCAGACAGACCCCUGCGAUCAGUGUCGUUAUCAGAGUCGGUCGCGUGCCGUUGGAGAAAGAUGGAGGGCAGAGCCCUGCCAGCUAUGCCACUGUCUUCCCAACCUCACAGUGCAGUGUGCCCCCUACUGUCCAUAUGCCGUCAGUGGAUGCCCUACUGGCCAAAGCCUCGUCCCUGGAGAGGGAAGCAGGUGCUGUUAUUGUCAAGCUGAAAACGACACAGUUGCUGUGACAGAAACCCCUGGAAUUAUAACAUCCAAGCCUGAGGAUAUAACUCCUCUGGUUCCUACAUAUCCAGUACCACCUGGAGAUGAGUGCUGGGUGCCUCUGGGUGUCCAGACCCUCCAAGUAUCUAGUUUUACUGCCUCGUCUUACCAGGAGGGCCACCCACCAGAGGCAGCACGUCUUCAUGGGUGGGACCCUCAUAGAGACCUCCAGGGCUGGAGUCCACAGCCAGAGGAGUAUAAAGACCUACCUCAAAAGAGACCUGAAGGACAGAGUGUCAGCACAGAAAGCCCCUACAUACAGAUCGACCUGCUUAAACCCUACAACAUCACUGGCGUUCUCACCCAGGGAGGAGGUGUUUUCGGCACAUUUGUGUCCAGCUUCUACCUUGAGUUUAGUCACGAUGGGAAGCGUUGGUACACUUACCAGGAGGUUCCCUCCAAUGCUCCACCAAGAGCUAAGAUUUUUCUUGGUAACCAUGACGAUCGAGGUGUGGCAGAGAGCAGGCUUGACAGAAUAGUGUCAUCUCAGUUUGUUAGACUGGUUCCCCAUGACUUCCAGAAUGGCAUCUACCUACGGCUGGAGAUCAUGGGCUGUGGUGAUGGUUAUCAUUGGUUAACCUCCCCAACCCCUACUUCACCUCUGACUCCGGGUAAACGCUGCAGAGAGAAAGAAUUUCUCUGUGACAAUGGUCGCUGUGUACCGGCAGGUUCUGUUGGGGUUCUUUGUGACGGAGUCAACGACUGUGGGGAUGGAUCAGAUGAGAAGUACUGUGGUACUCAACCCUCCUCAACAGCCACCAGUCCACGCAGCUGUCCCACUGGUUACUUCUCUUGCCCACCCCCAGGGGGCUGCAUCGAAGCAGAAAGGCGUUGUGAUGGUAUUCCUAAUUGUCCCAAAGGAGAGGAUGAAAACGGAUGCCACCUACAUGACAUCACUACACAGUCAGACAGGCCUCAUACCCCGACCCCUUCCCCUCUGAGGACCCCAUCAAUGGCUGCUGUUACUUUCUCUUCCGUAACACCAACUGAUGGUGGCCCAGGAUAUCAAGGCGCUUGCUCCUCUCCUCUUGGACUGGAGGAUGGGAGGAUUCAUUACGGCCAGCUGUCCUCAUCUUCACAGCGAGAUAACAACCCUGCUGAUGCUGGGAGACUGAACAUUAUCCCAAACAUUCCAGUUAUGGAGCCUGGUUGGAGCCCCCUACCUUCAGACCCCCAGCCUUAUUUCCAGGUGGAUUUUCUGGAGCCAACUUGGAUAUCAGGGUUGGUGACGCAGGGCAACGACCGGAUGUGGGGUUACCUCUCCAAAUACCGCUUGGCCUUUGCCUCCAACAACGGCUUCUUCUCAGAUUUCACAGCGAAUGGGAACUUUGACGGCCCUGCUAAGGUGUUUGAGGUCCGGAUGGUGGGCAGGACCCCUGUGACCCGUUGGUUGGGUCGGUUGGUAAGAGCUCAAUACAUGCGGAUCAUCCCGGUGGAGUUCAGGCACACCUUUUACCUGCGUGUGGAGAUUCUCGGCUGCAGAGGAGACGAGGCGAUGACCACAUCGCCCUCUGGUGUUGGCAGAGUGACAGCGCAACGCUGUAAGCCAGGCCAGUUUGUAUGCCACACCAGUGAUGAGUGCAUCCCUGUGUCUUUGCUUUGUGACGGUCAACCAAACUGCAAGGACCACUCUGAUGAGAUAAGCUGUGGAACCUCUACCACCAGAGGCCUUCCAGGCGUCCGUAAUCAGACCAGCUACACUGGUGUAGUAUCACCUGGAGUCACAGCUGUAUCUCAGCCGCUAACCACAGAACCGUCAGUCUUUAGCAGCACCUCUGAUAGCGGUUUACCCAGAGUGCUCUGUGUGGAGGGCCAGUUUACAUGCCGGUCCUUUGGCUGUGUGGACGCAGCACAAGUCUGUGAUGGAAGGAAGGAUUGCUUGGAUGGUUCAGAUGAAGAACGUUGUGGCACAUUCACCAGUCCAGCAGUAACUCCAUGGCGCCCCCCGGUGCCCAAACCUUGCUCUCCUAAGCAGUUUUCCUGUGACACCGGGGAGUGCGUCCACAAAGAUCGCAGAUGUGACCUGCAGAGGGAUUGCAUGGAUGGAUCAGAUGAAAAAGACUGCGUGGACUGCAUAAUGUCGCCGUGGACAGCCUGGAGUUCCUGCAGUGUGACCUGUGGUCUCGGCUUCUUGUUCCGCCAGAGGGACAUUUUAAGAGACGCCCUGCCAGGAGGAUCUUGUGGCGGAGCUCAGUUUGACAGUCGAGCCUGCUUUCUUCGAGCAUGUCCAGUUCAUGGUCACUGGUCAGAGUGGACAGAGUGGUCAGAGUGCGAUGCUCUGUGUGGAGGAGGAGUUAGGCAGAGGAACCGAACCUGCUCAGCUCCACCUCCUAAAAACGGCGGGCAGGACUGCGAGGGCAUGACGCGACAGAGUCAAACCUGCAACCUUCAGCCCUGCGCUGAUGAGACGGGCACAGUGAAGGGGUGUGUCAGUGGUAUGGUGCUGGUGGCAGAAGAAGACUGCAACGCUGGAAGAGUUGAUCCCUGUCCUCCUACUUGCUCUGACCUCAGCAUGACCAGCAACUGCUCUGCAACAUGUGUCAUCGGCUGUCGCUGUCCCUACGGGUUGUACCUUCAGGACGGGCGCUGCGUGAACUCCAGCCAGUGCGUCUGUCACUGGGAUGACGACACCCUGCAGCCUGGACAGGUGAUCAGCAGAGACCAGUGCACCACCUGUGUGUGCAUAGAAGGGCAGGUGACCUGUGACACUUCUAGAUGUGUGAGGACCUGUCAGUGGUCGACCUGGUCUUCAUGGUCUCCCUGUGAUGUGACGUGUGGCGUGGGGCUGCAGCAGCGCUACAGGUCUGUGCUCACAGCAGAUGGACCAUUCAGAGGUCAGCCCUGUUCAGGGGACUCCUCCGAGUCUCGGCCUUGCUCCAUCCCAUGUCUUCCUGUCCUAGCAGGUGGUGCGUGGACUAAAUGGACCAGCUGGUCAGAGUGCACCAAGACAUGUUUCAGUGACGUGGAUGAUGUGGGAAUGAGGCAGCGAUUUCGCAGCUGCAACCAAACACUCCCAGCUUCUAACCCGAGGAGCACAGAAGCUGAGUGUGAUGGAGAUGAUGAGGAACAAGAGCCGUGCAACACCGUGCACUGCCCAGUUAAUGGGGGGUGGUCCCUGUGGUCCCAGUGGUCUCAGUGUUCAUCUCAGUGUGACUCCGGCAUCCAGACCAGAGGGAGGUUCUGCAGUUCACCAACCCCACAGCAUAGGGGCAGUAACUGCACUGGGCCCCACAUACAAACCAGGGACUGCAACUCCCAUCCCUGUUCAGGUGUGUGUCCAGAGGGUAUGAUGUACAUGACCGUAGCGGAGUGUGAAGCUCAGGGAGGGGCGUGUCCACGGAUCUGCAUGGACAUGACCUCUACGGAGGUUCAGUGCGCCACCUCCUGUUAUGACGGCUGUUAUUGCGGCCCGGGCCUCUACCUGUUUAACAGCAGCUGUGUUCCUUUGGCACAAUGCCCCUGUUACCACCAGGGAGAGAUGCACCCAGCUGGCGCCUCCGUGCCUUCGGAUGCCUGUAACAACUGUACCUGCAUUGAUGGAGAAAUGGAGUGUGGGGCUGUUCCAUGCCCAGUGGACUGCGGCUGGAGCAGCUGGACGCAGUGGAGCGCGUGCACUCGAACCUGUGACGUAGGUAUAAGACGGAGAUACCGCUCAGGAACCAAUCCGCCACCGGCAUUCGGCGGCCGUCCCUGUAAAGGAGACAGAGUCGGGGUGGACACCUGCAGCAUCGAGCCAUGUCUCGGAAUAAGAGAACCAUGGAGUAUGUGGUCGGAGUGUUCUGCAACAUGCGGAGGAGGUUACAGGACCCGGACCCGAGGGCCAAUCAGAAUCCACGGCACACCCCAGCAGUUCAGCGCCUGUAACCUGCAGCCAUGUGGUGAGAGCAGCAUAUGUCCUCCAGGUCAGCAGUGGACGCAGUGUUUGCUGGGUCCUGUCACCUGUACGGAUCUCACAUUGGACCUAAGCAGGAACUGUACCGCAGGUUGCCAGUGUCCACAUGGGACCGUACUGCAGGACGGCAGCUGUGUGCCUCAGUCAGACUGUCGCUGUGAUAUCAACAGAGAGCCAACCGAAGAUGGAGACACUCUGCCCAGGAACUGCAAGAACUGUACCUGUGAAAGAGGAAAGCUUGUCAACUGUUCUCAAGUUAGCUGCAACGUGGACGGCCACUGGUCAAACUGGACCCCCUGGGGUCAGUGCUCAGUAUCCUGUGGAGCGGGUCUCCAGUCUCGGUACCGGUUUUGUUCCAGUCCCCAGCAGUCUGGCAGUGGACUUCCAUGUCUUGGUUCCCGCCGCGAGGAUCGAGUCUGCAUCAGUUCUCCAUGUGAUGUUGAUGGGGGUUGGAGUCAGUGGACUGACUGGACAGAGUGCACCAAGUCAUGUGGAGGGGGGAUUCAAAGCCGGAGGAGACAGUGUGACAGCCCCCCUCCAGAGGGGGAUGGGGACUACUGCGAGGGGCUGGGUACAGAAGUCAGAGGCUGUAACACAGACCACUGUCCAGUCCCGCCUUGUUGGAAGGUCCCAGGGACAGUUUUCAGCAGCUGUGGGCCCUCCUGCCCUCGCUCCUGUGACGACCUGUCACACUGUGAGUGGCAUUGUGAGCCUGGUUGCUACUGCACAGAAGGGAAGGUCCUGUCGGCCAAUGGGACGGUCUGUGUAGCGAGGGAAGACUGUCCUUGUCUGGACAUAAAUUCUGGCCAGCGAAUAGAACCAGGAGAAUCCACUGAGGCCUCUGAUGGAUGCAACAACUGCACAUGUGAGGGUGGCAAGUUCAACUGUACCAGAGAGCCAUGUCCAGUGUCUGGUGGGUGGUGUGAGUGGUCAGAGUGGACUCCCUGCUCCAGAACCUGUGGGGCAGAGUCUGUGUCCCGCUACAGGAGCUGUAACUGUCCUGAACCUAAAGCUGGGGGAGAACCUUGUCCUGGAGAACAGGAAACGCACAACGGGAUGGGCGUUCAGAUCCAGAGGAAGGCCUGCCCCGUAAUCACCUUCUGCCCCAUUCAUGGUUCAUGGAGUUCCUGGUCGUCCUGGUCAGAGUGCGAUAUCUGCGCCGGGUCAUCUGUUCGUACCAGACAGUGUAACAGUCCUCCCGCCAGAUUUGGCGGUCUGCCCUGCCUGGGAGAGAGUCGCCAGAGUCGGCGAUGCCACAACAACCUCACUGUCUGCUCAGAAUGCGGCGGUGGUCAGGAAGAAUGGCCGUGUGGGAAGCCCUGUGCUCGAUCCUGUUCAGAUCUCCAUGGCGACACAGAGUGCUUGGACUCCCCCCCUUGCAUCCAGACCUGCGGUUGUCCGGGUGACAUGCUCCUGCAGGAUGGAGCAUGUGUGACCAGAGAGGAGUGCCGCUGCAAAUAUCACAACAGCUCUGUCACCGAUGGAGAUUUAGAUUCCAGUAAUGCAUCAUGGGUUUGGCCGGGCGGAUACGAUUGGCAGUUUGCAAAUCCAGGAGAUAUAAUCAUCACCGAAUGUAAAAACUGCUCAUGUGAGGCUGGGGUCCUGCAGUGUCAGUCUGUCCCUGGUUGCCAUGUGGACGGGGGCUGGGGCCAAUGGGGAGCCUGGACCCAGUGCUCUCGUACUUGUGGCGGCGGAGUUACGUUCAGGAGGCGCCUGUGCAACAACCCAGCUCCUCAGAACAGUGGCAGAGGCUGUGUGGGUGAAGCUGAGCAGCAAAAGGACUGCAACCUGCAGAUGUGCACAGACUCGGUCGGCCCUUGGUUGCCCUGGUCACAGUGGUCUGCCUGCUCGGUCACCUGCGGUGGAGGGCAGCAGUCCCGUUCUCGUGUCUGCACCUCUCCACCUUGCCACGGCGUCAGUCGCCAAAGCAAAAUGUGCAACACGCAAGUCUGCCUUGAUGUCGGCUGCCCUCCAGGCAAGCUGUACAGGGAGUGUGAGCGUGGAGAGGGCUGUCCCUUCAGCUGCGCUCAGCUCAGCAGCAGAGAGGGCUGCUACUCUGACAGCUGUGAGGAGGGCUGCCACUGCCCCCCGCACACCUACCAACACCGUGGAAGGUGCACACCGGAGUGUCCAUGUCUGGUGGAUAAAGAGUUCCUGGCCUCCCUGCGGACCGUGUCUGUCACACCUGAACCGUUGCUCUCCAAUAUCUCAGAAGGGAUGGAACUCAUGUCUGGAGAGACUUUAACUCAUGACUGCAGCACCUGUGACUGUGAGCAUGGCAGGUGGAACUGCUCCCUGGAGUUCUGCCCAGUGGAUGGUGGUUUGUCACCAUGGGGCCCCUGGAGCCCCUGCUCACUCUCCUGUGGAGGUUUGGGAGUGAAGACUCGAUUCAGGAGCUGCACACAGCCUGUCCCAGCCCAUGGUGGGAGACACUGUCAGGGUCCCCGACAGGAGACCACCUACUGCCAGGCCCCUGACUGUCCAGCUACUAUUGUUCCAACAGUAGAACCAUCUAUUCCAGAGGAUGAUUCAGGCUUCUCUCCGUGGUCCCUGUGGAGUUCCUGCACCAAAACCUGCACCGAUGUCCAAAGCCCUGCUACAAAGUCUCGUCAUCGACAGUGUGCCAAACCUCCCUGCUCUGGGAUCUCUCACCAGGAGAAAGCCUGCAACCUGCCCCAGUGUCCAGGGGAGCUGUGCGUCAGAGCCGACUGUGUAGAAAGGAACUGCUCAUGGAUGGAGUGGGGGCAGUGGGGGUCCUGUUCUCGCUCCUGUGGAGUAGGCCAACAGCAGAGGAUCCGGACCUUCUUCCCACCAGCUGGAAACGGCUCGUGGUGCGCAGACAUUGUUGGAGGGAACCUGGAGAAUCGGUUCUGCAACAUCAGGCCCUGCAGAGUGGAUGGAGGCUGGUCCAGGUGGAGCCCCUGGUCCCGCUGCGAUCAGCGCUGUGGAGGGGGGCGCUCCAUCCGCACGCGCUCCUGCUCCAGCCCCCCGCCAAAGAACGGAGGGAAGAAAUGUGUGGGGGAGAAGAACCAGGUUAAACCCUGCAACACCAAACCCUGCGAUGACUCCGGGUGUCCAGCGGGCCAGGAGUUUGUGGCGUGUGCCAACCAGUGUCCUCAGCGCUGCUCAGAUCUCCAGCAGGGAAUAGAGUGCCAGGACAGCAGCGAAUGUCAGCCGGGCUGCCGCUGCCCUAAAGGUCAGUUGCACCAGGACGGUGUGUGUGUGGAUCCGUGGCAGUGCGACUGUGUGGACUCUCUGGGCCACACGUGGGCGGCCGGCAGCUGGCACCAGGUGGACUGCAACAACUGCAGCUGCUCUGACGGAAAGCUCCUCUGCACCAAUCACAGCUGUCUCCCCGCCUGCGCCUGGAGCCCCUGGUCCAGCUGGGCAGAGUGCAGUGUGUCCUGUGACCAGGGCCGCAGAACCAGAUACAGAUCCAUGAUCCCAGAGAGUGAAGGAGCAGACUGCAGCUUUGAGCAGGUUCAGCACAAACCUUGCAACCCUGGACCCUGCCCCCCCCUCUGCCUUCACCACCACCAAGAGCUGCGAGUGGGAGACACCUGGCUGCAGGGGGAGUGCCAGCAAUGCACAUGCACCCCAGAGGGAGUCUACUGCCAAGAUGUGGACUGCAGAGUUGAUGGUUCCUGGACCCCCUGGUCGGUGUGGUCUGACUGCUCAGUGACCUGUGGUCGGGGCACACAUGUUCGAACUCGAGCCUGCAUCAACCCCCCACCUCGAAACAACGGCUCUCACUGCAGCGGACCAGAGAGGGAGACACAGAGCUGUCUGACCCCCCCAUGUUUGGAUGACCUUUGCCCAUGGUCGCCAUGGUCACCGUGCUCCCGGAGCUGCGGUGCCGGGUCCGUGUUCCGGCGCCGGGUGUGCGUGUGUGAGGAGGAAGGGGACGCCGCGUGCCCCCCUGAGGUUGAUGCUGUGAGGAACAGUGAGGAGACCCAGCUGUGCUACCACCAACCAUGCCCAGUGUGCCCCAUGUCAGCGUGGAGCAUUUGGUCCCACUGCUCCUGUGAGACUCAGAGGCAGCAGCGUUAUCGUGUAGCUCUCACUUCAGCCACCGGAGGGCAGCAGUGCACUCCUGUAGAAACCCAGAGCCGGGCCUGCACCCUCAGCCAGUGUGAGGCCUGUGAAGCUCCGUUUGUUUACUCGGCAUGCGGAGCUCCCUGUGAGAAGCAGUGUGCGCUGAUAGGCAACCAGGAUCUAUGCCUGGGGGUGAGGGAGUGCACACCUGGCUGCUACUGCCCUGAGGGCUUCCUGCAGAAGAACGGCAGCUGUGUUCCUCAGCAGGACUGCGGCUGCAUCUACCUGCAGCACCAGGAUUCAGGAGAACCUCCCACACCUUUCACGGUCCCUCAGGGCGCCACCGUCACCAUAGACUGCAGCUCCUGCCUUUGUCAUGAUGGGACUUUACACUGUGACAGCAGAGAGUGUGACGUAAUCCUCAGCGAGUGGUCAGAGUGGACCGCCUGCUCUCCGUGCAUUCCCCAAAACUCCCUGGAAGGGCAGAGCAACAGCAGUGAAAUGGUCUCCAUCCAGAGACGUUUCCGGGCCUGUUUGGACGUAGAUUCUGGUCUUCCUGUCAGAGGCGAGGAGGGGAGCCAAUGUCCUGGACCGUUGGUGGAGGAGAGGCGGUGUUCAGAUGCCAGUGUCUUUAGAGAUCUGUGCAACUGGAGCGCGUGGAGUGUUUGGACGGCCUGUGCACAGCCAUGCAGCGGUGGAGUCAGGCAGCGCUACAGACGACCCCUGGCCUCUCCUGCAGGGCCUCGUUGUAAGAGUCAGCAGACGCAGAGUCAGAGCUGCAACACUGGACUAUGUCCUGGUGAGCGCUGUGAGGACAGAGAGCGGAUCUACCAGGACAGCUGUGCUAACCAGUGUCCUCGGAGCUGUGCAGACUUGUGGGAACAUGUUCAGUGUCUGCAAGGAAACUGUCACCCAGGCUGUCGGUGUCCGGAUGGAGAGCUGCUGCAGGACAGCCGCUGCGUACCGGUGACAGAGUGUCGCUGUGGGAUCCCAUCAGGGAACGGGACGUUAGAGUUCAGCCCUAAAGAGGAGCUAAUUGUUGAAUGUAACACUUGUGUGUGUGAAAAUGGCAGCCUGGUGUGCACCACGCGUCCCUGCCCGGUUUACGAGCCCUGGAGCCCGUGGAGUUCCUGCUCCGUCUCCUGUGGACACGGACACAGAACACGGACACGCAGCUGCCAGGACACGGAGGGCGGCCCCCCCUGUGCUAACACCACCCAGACAGAGAGCUGUGAUCUACCAUCUUGUCCAGAGGGCUGUUUGGUGAGUGAGUGGUCGUCCUGGAGCGAGUGCAGCACCACGUGCGGCGGAGGCGUGACAAUGCGAAACAAGACGAUCCUUCAAGAACCAGAGCCCGGUGGGGCAGAGUGUGUUGGACCUCUGAAACAGCACAGCAUCUGUAACACCAACCGCUGCCUGCCUGAGUGUCCCAGCAGGCAGGUGUUCACCAACUGUUCAGCUUCUUGUCCUUACACAUGCGAGGACCUGUGGCCACACACCCAGUGUUUACCUGCACCCUGCUCUCCAGGCUGUUCCUGUCCUCCUGGGCAGGUCUUGUACGAAGGCUCCUGUGUGCCUCACACUGACUGCCCCUGUUCAUCACUGUCUCUGCCGACUGAGUUCCAGAGCGGGAACAUGAGCAGUGAGGUUGUCCUGCAGCCUGGAACCUCCAUUCAGCACCAGUGCAACACAUGCGUUUGCCGAGGCGGCGCGUUCAGCUGCACCUCAGAGACCUGCGACG